AUGCAUGUGAACUCCAAAAACGCUCCACCUGCAUCAGGAAAGUAUGAUUUCUCAGCUAUAUAUUUGGUACAAUAAGACAUGAGGAAAUCCUUUAGAAAUCUUUCAAUAUAAUAGCAAAGGUUUGAAAAGUAAUUGGAGAAAAAUCAUAACAAAUUUUUCCAAACAGUUUUACAGAAUAAAAGAUAAUUAUACUUUGGGAAGUUAUCUCUUGAGGGUGGGGCUUAGAUGGAAUCAACAGGUCUUAAAUCAAAAAUUUAAAGAGCUGGUUAAAAGAAUCAGAAUAGAGAUCAGUCAAAUGAUUAUUUAAAAAACGAACAAAUUGAAAGACUGGCCAGAUAGUCAAGGAGACCAAAGUCUUCAAUCAUUGUUGAUGAUUAUACUCACAAAUUGCCAAAGGAUUAGUAAAACGAAAAAUAGCAAGCUUAGGAUGAUAUUGAAGGUUUUGAUUACAUUUCAGCACUACAAGCUGAAUUAUAAUAAGAAAAAAUAUAAGACUAUAGAGUAAGACAGAAAGAAAAACUGAAUGAAGACGAUAUUUAAGCAGAUAAAGAUCAUUAAAUUGCUAAGUAAAAGAGAAAACAGAGACAGUAAACUAUUGAAAUGCUAUUAAGCAAAGAAAAAUGUUCUUAACUAGGACUGUAACAGUUUAAAAAUACGCUCAAGGAUGAGGAGUUGCUUUUAGAAUUAAGUAAAAAGAUAUUAGAUGAUUUCUAUAAGUAAAACACUACAUUUAAACUAACAGAUAAUUAACUAACUCUUGACUAAUUCAAGACAAGAAUAUACGAGAGAAUCCAGAAAAAGACUGAUGACUAAAAAUAUUACUGCCUUGAUGACCUGAAGUAAAUACUUGGAGAUAACCUAAUUACUUUUGAUCCAACAAAUGUUGACGAAUAUAUCAAAAUGAUUUACUAAAAGGAUAUCAAGGACUUAACUGCUAAAGAAUCUAACCUAAAGCUAGAACCAUGGUAAACUAAUUAAAAAUGUCUUAGAAGUAUCUAUAACUUAGGAGUAAAAAUUCAGAGCAAGCAAGAAAAAAGAAGAAAAAGAAAGCAGUCUCAUGAAACUCAUUAUAAAACUAAAACUCUUGAUGAGAAAACUUCUGCAAGACUAUCUUAAUCAUCAUCGAAAAAAUUGAAUUCUGGAAGAGGUAAGAAGAAGAUUCACACAACUAGUAUUUUAACGAAUGUUAACAAUGUGAAAAAGAAGGAUGCCAGGGAAUUUACUGAGAAAAUAAAGGAGACAUUAAAGAUUUUUCACAAUUUAAAGGCAAAAUCAGAAAAAGAAGAAGUUUAUAGAAAUUAUGGACCUACAUGGGAGAUUGAAUAAAAUGAAGAGAGAAAAUUAUAAGUUUAAUUUUAGAAGCCAGAAGAAGACUCUAAAUCAGACAAAGAUAACAAAUCCAAAUAUAUUCACCAUCACACACUUCAUGAAAGAGUUCAGGAUGUAAGAACUAAUUGUGGUUUUUUAAAAAAGCUGGAUGAGAUAGGAGCAAAUGUUAAAAUGGAUUAAGAGGUAAAUGAGCUUCUUUACUUAGAAGAUAAGGAGAAAGACAAGAAAGAAUAGAUGCUUGAAGAUUUCAAAAAGAGUGUAAAGAAGCUUAGGCCUAGAGAAAUAUUUGACAUUGAAGCUGUAAUUUAACAGAGAAAAGAUAAUUUAAGAUUGAGAUAGCAGACAAUAGAAUCAAAAUCAGGCAAUAAUACAAAUCCUAAUUACAUCAACUAGUCAUAGAUAUCUUAGGAAUACAAGGAAACUAUACUUAAUAAAAGUAAUAUGAUGGGAGACACUCAAUCAUUAUUUGAUCAGAUAAAUGUAGAGCUUUACGAGCUAAAAUUAGAUGAAUAGCCUAAUAGGGAAUGGAUGAGCAAGGCAAAGAGAGGGACUUUCUAUACAGAAAAGAGUUCAAUAAUUCCAAAGCCAUUGAAGAAAAGUAUGAUUGGUGGCUUUAAAUUUAAUUGCUAGAAUCAUGAAACUAGUAAAAUGAGUGACUCAUUUUCAUAAGCAACAACUGCGGCUGCUGAUGAAAAUUACUCAGUGGCCUUUGGACAAAGUGGCAAUAGAGGCAGAAAAGUUAGACCAUCAACUAGUGUUAAGCCUCAAAAUUCACUUUAUUACUCUAUUAACAGCCAGGAUUAGUAUCGCAAAAUAGGAGGAAAUUAUAAUUAAGGACAUGUUAUUGAAGAAGAAUUUGAUAUGAAUAAUUAGCUUCAAAGUACAAAGCAACUUAAUAAGAGACAAAUGAAUAAAUCCUUAGUCUCUGAUAAAUUUCUAUCAUAUCUAAAUGAAGUGGGAAUACCCAUUAGCAAAAGUAACUAAUAUGGUUUGAUGAGCUCAUUGAAUCCAUAGAGAUAAGAAUUUAAAGCUAACAGUUUUUAGACCCAAGCUAUGGUGUACAGAAUCAAUUAAAAAGAACAAAGCUGUGGUCAGGAGAACUAGGCAUUCAAUACAACAAUACUGGAUCACAAAAGAAUAAGAUUGGAAUCUGCAAAUCUUUAUAAAUCAUACUAAGAGAAUAAAAUCUAGAAUAGAAGGAAAAUAAAUUCGUGGCAUAUGGCGAAUACAAAUAAAUCACAAGUUAGUAACAGUGCCUAGACACAGAUGAAUGAUAGUUAAAAUGAAACAAUGACUGGAUUAUAGAGAAGCAGACUAUUAUCAAGACCGAUUUACAUUGAAGGAACAGUGAUUUCUCCGAAUGAGUGGAAAUAAUCUACAAAUGAAGCUUCACCUAUUAAGAAAGUUGAAAGCUUUAAUAUUGACAUGAGAGUAGACCAGCAGGAGUAGAAUGAUCAGCAAAGAAGUAGCUUGAGUCUAUCUAAAAUUGAUUUAAAACAACAAUAGCAAUAGCAAUAGCAAUUUGAAUUAAAUUAAUGA